AGUACAGCGGAUAAAGGGUUAGUCUGGAAUGAUUCGUAUAGCCAUCCUUCUCCUUGGCCUAGGCCAAGCGUUGGCCUACAAGAAUCCGUACUAUGCGGAAGGCCACUCCACCAUGGUACACCUCUUCGAGUGGAAGUGGGAUGACAUCGCGGAUGAGUGCGAGCGGUUUCUAGGACCGAAGGGAUAUGGUGGGAUUCAGAUCUCUCCGCCGAACGAAAAUGUAAUAAUCCGGGCCCAAAACCGACCCUGGUGGGAGCGCUACCAGCCAAUUUCCUACAAAUUAGUAACUCGAUCGGGCGACGAGCAACAGUUCACGAACAUGGUCCGACGAUGCAAUAAUGCUGGAGUCAGAAUAUUCGUAGACGCAGUCAUCAACCACAUGACAGGUGAACCUGCAGACAACGUAGGGACUGGUGGAAGUACUGCCAACUUCCAGCAGUGGGACUACCCAGCAGUACCGUAUACUGCCCAGGACUUCAACUGGCCACACUGCGUCAUUGAUGGGUGGGAUUAUGGGUGCUGUGCUGAUAAGGUUCGGAACUGCGAGUUAGUGGGCCUUAAGGAUUUGAACCAAAAAUCAGAUCAUGUACGUCGAAUGAUCCUGGAUUUCAUGAACAAACUUAUCGAUUUAGGAGUCGCUGGAUUCAGAAUUGAUGCAGCUAAACAUAUGUGGCCAGAAGAUCUCCGAAUCAUCUACGACGGCCUUCAUAAUUUAAAUACAGACCACGGUUUUCCAUCCGGAGCUCGUCCUUACAUCUACCAAGAAGUCAUUGAUUUUGGAGGAGAAGCUAUUUCUCGAUACGAAUACACUAGCUUAGCUGCUGUAACCGAGUUCAAAUUUGGACUUGAGCUGGGCAGAUUGUUCACAGGGUUGAACCAGCUGAGAUGGUUGGAGAGUUGGGGUCCUUCUUGGGGUCUUCUUGCUCAUGAGGAUUCACUUGUUUUUGUUGACAACCAUGAUAACCAGAGAGGUCAUGGAGGUGGUGGUGAAAUCCUGACUUAUAAGAGAGCUAAGCAGUAUAAAGGAGCUACGGCGUUUAUGUUGGCUCACCCGUAUGGAGAGCCGCAGCUGAUGAGCAGUUUUGACUUUGUUGAUACUGAAAUUGGACCGCCUAUGGAUUCUGCUGGGAAUAUUAUAUCUCCUAUUAUUAAUUCAGAUAACUCUUGCGGUAACGGAUGGGUAUGCGAGCACCGUUGGCGUCAGAUGUACAACAUGGUGGGAUUCAGAAACGUAGCCGCUGGCACCGAUGUCAAUGACUGGUGGAGCAAUGGCAGCAACCAGAUCGCCUUCUGCCGUGGAAACCGGGCUUUCAUUGCUUUCAACAACGAUAAUUGGGAUCUCAACCAAACGCUACAAACAUGCUUGCCACCCGGCAUAUACUGCGACAUAAUCUCUGGAACCAGAACAGAAGAAAACCGCUGCUCAGGCAAACAAGUGGCCGUGGCAAGUGAUGGUCGCGCGCAUAUAUAUGUGGCUACGCAUGAGUUGGACUUGAUGCUGGCCAUACAUGUGGGCAAUGAAUCGCGCAUCCAAUAAACGGGACGACAUACUACAGAAACUGAUCUCAAUGUAAAUAAAACGUUUUUAUUCUUUUA